AUGAGCUCCACAUCUAAUUUCCCUCGCAUCAAGGAGGUGCGCACCUUCAUCAUCGACGGGGUUGGCUCUGGAGGCGACUACCACAAUAUCAAAGGAGGCCACUGGCUCGUCGACAGCAAUAUCUCAACUCCUAUGACCAAGUGGGCGCAAUACCGUGGCUCACGGACGUCGUGGGGAAUCAAUGUUCUGGGAUCGUUCUGCGUUGAGAUCGAGGCCACAGAUGGAACCAAGGGCUUUGCAACUGGAUUUGGCGGUCCUCCGGCAUGCUGGCUCGUGCAGCAACACUUUGACCGGUUCCUGGUUGGCGCAGAUCCCCGUGACACCAACGAUUUGUUCGAGAAGAUGUACCGAGGCUCCAUGUUCUACGGCCGCAAGGGUCUGCCGGUGGCCGUGAUCUCGGUCAUCGAUUUGGCCUUGUGGGAUCUCCUGGGCAAGAUUCGCAACGAACCGGUGUACAAGCUCAUUGGCGGGGCAACUCGGUCAAGACUAGACUUCUACUGCACAGGUCCACAGCCUGCAGCUGCCAAGGCGAUGGGGUUCUCUGGCGCGAAAGUGGCAUUGCCGCAUGGCCCCGAUGAGGGGACCGAGGGACUGCUCAAGAAUGUCGAAUACUUACGUCUGCAGCGAGCCAGCGUCGGACCGGACUUCCCUCUGCGAGUCGACUGCUACAUGUCUUUGACAGUGCCGUACACAAUUCAACUGGUUAAGCGCUGUGAGGCCUUGGGUCUUGAUAUUGACUGGUGGGAAGAAUGUCUGUCCCCCGACGACUUCGACGGCCACGCACUCCUCAAGCGCGCCCACCCCACGGUCCAGUUCACCACCGGUGAGCACGAAUACUCCCGGUAUGGCUUCCGCAAACUGGUCGAAGGGCGCAACCUCGACAUUCUUCAACCGGAUGUCAUGUGGGUUGGUGGGAUGACUGAGCUGCUCAAGGUCUCUUCCCUUGCUGCUGCUUACGAUCUCCCCGUUGUGCCCCAUGCUUCAGGUCCUUACUCCUAUCACUUCGUGGUCUCCCAGUCCAACAGCCCCUUCCAGGAAUACCUGGCCAACUCGCCUGAUGGCAAGUCCGUUGAGCCCGUGUUUGGAAACCUGUUCUUGAACGAGCCCAUUCCCACCAAAGGUCAUCUCGACGUUUCCAUUUUGGACAAGCCCGGUUUUGGUCUUGAACUCAACCCGGCUGCACCACUCAUUCCGGCUGCAGCCAUCCUGACCCCAGCCCCCCAGAGGAGUCUUCGUGCUCCGGAGAACGAGCAGGCAGCAAAUGGCUCAGCUGCGUAG